AUGCCACCAAUAAGAGAACAUGCAUCAGCCGAAUCAUCAAAGAAACAAAAACGUAAACAGCCUAGCAUCGUAACUCGUGCUUCGCGAGUAGGCGUAACGAAUUUUAUAAAUGUUAUAAAGUCUCUACAUCCGAGAGAAUCGAUGACUUAUUUUCCUAUAACAAAGCAAACGCUUCAGGAAUAUAUAGACAGCAAACGUAAAGCGUUGAUUAAAGCUAGUUCUCUGGGACAAUAUUUACAACAUAUACAAGCGUAUAACAUUGCUCUAGGCUAUGGUUGGGAUGGAAGCAUAAUGGAUCCUAUAAUUAAACAAGCUUUGGACGAAUUACGCGCAAGUGAAGAACAAGCAAUGGACGCAAACAGGGCCGAGUAUGAGCAUUCAGGUCAGAAUUACGAUAACGCUCUUGAUACCAGUCUUGUUGGAAGUUUUGGUGGAGAGAAUGGUUUUGAUAGACUACUUGGAAUCGAUAAUAGUGGUGCUCAGGCAACUGCUUUUGAAGACCAUAUCUUCACAGGGUCAAAUGCUGUCAAUGUGAACUACAGGAAUGAUGCGAGCGGCUAUGCAUCAUACCAAGAAGUUAAUUACUUGGAUCCUUAUCAAUUUCCAAGUAACAUUGAGACGAGAAAUGAGUAUACCGAGUCACAAUCAAGUUGCUUUUCUGCGUUAGAUAGUUAUCUGUCGGCGGACCAUCAUUCAUCAAUUUUAUACAUUUUUGCGCAAAUGCCAAUGCAAACGUCACUUUCAUCUAACAACUCUAACAUAAUUAAUGAGUCUACUAACCCUGGAUAUGUCGUUAUGAAAAUAGAGUGUACUCACUUAGGCAGGAUAUCAGCUGCUGACAUUGAAAAAAUAUUACCAACACCUCAAUAA